UGGCGAGUCUGGUUCCAAGAAGGAACCAACAAGUUUACAACGGUCGGAUUACUCCUCUCCUACCCCUGUAUAUAGAAACUCCCAAACGUCUCUACAGAAACCGUACUUGAUCAAGAAAAAAGAGAGAAAACCAAUAGUAAUUUUUUCUUAAUUAAAAAAAAAAUGGCGAAGAAAAUAAAUGGGAUCGAGGUUAUAGAUAUUUGUUCUUCAUCUGAUGAAGAAGAUGAAAGUCCUUUUAUACCUUACAGGUCGAUAAAUUCUGCUAUGAAAGACGAAAACAAGAGAAAACAAAGAGUAAUCGAUGAUGAUUGUUUGAUUUUGGACUUCAAUCCUUUUGAAUCUAUAGAUAAACUCUCUAUCAACGACGCUAAGGAAUCUGAGGAUGAAGAUCUUACUGUUGUAGCUGAAAUUGGCCAGGUUGCUUGCAGAGAUUAUCCGCAUUCUAGACAUCUUUGUGUGAAGUUUCCAUUCAACAAGACACCACACAGUAGCUACUGUAAGCAGUGCUACUGUUACGUUUGCGAUUCAAUUGCUCCUUGUAAAUAUUGGUAUACCCCAGUGGAACACUGUCAUGCAACAGCAAACGAUUCAAAGUGGAAGAUUCUGAGAGAAAAUCGGAGACUCGAUUUCUGCAAGGACCCAACACUUUUUUGAUUAUCCUGGGGAGUUUGACGUAUCCAAUACUCGUCAUUGUACAAAUACUUCUGCAAGAUCAGUUUACAGCUUUUGGUGAUACUCGUCAACUGUUUACUGGAACAGUAGUAGUGCACUGAUGGAAUUUAUCUUUUCCACAAAGCUAAUAUGUGUAUAAAUUGUUCAGAUUCAGACUUCAGAGCUAGUGAAAAAUGAAAAGUUUGCUGUAUUUUUCAGAAAAAUGAUCCACAUGUUAUACCACUGCAUUUUCUUUUUGAUCGCUGAUUGUAGUUCAUUGGAUUGAGCUCACUGAAAAUUUAAUGGCGUUGCCAGAUGGCCAGGAGUAAGCUCACUGAUCUUGAGGUA